CUUGCACAUUCGCCAUGAGCUCAACGGAGCACAACUUCUCUGGUGCCCUCGCAACUUGGAGAGAUAUAAACCUCUCAGAAUUACAGAAAUCUCUCGAUGCGCAGGGCAUAGAACUUGUCGACAACCAGAAAGAGAGUGUUGUUGGUCGUAAAGCCCUUGCAGACAAGACUAAAGAGUUCAAAAAAAUACCGGAUGAAGGGAAACUAGCUGCAUUCAAAGGCUUGCUCAAAGCUUAUCAAACCGAGAUAGAUAAUCUCACAAAACGCUCCAAGACUUCUGAAAAUGCGUUUUUGAAUGUCUACAAGGUUCUAGCCGAAGCUCCAGACCCAUAUCCUCUCCUUGAGGCCGCCGUAGACCAGACCGUCAAGGUCGCAGAAGCCCGCGAACUGGAGACACAGUUGCGUCGUCUACACGAUGAGAACGCAGAUCUGAAGCGCCGCGUCAGUGAGACUGCCAGCAUCGAAAAUGUCAAAAAGAAGGCUGAAGCGAGAGUGGAGCAAUUAGAGCGGACAAUGGAGGAUCUCAUUAAUGACCGUGUAUCUCGGAAGGAAAACGAACUUAACGCGACUUACGACGAGAAACUAAGGAAUUACGAAGAAAGGGAACAAGACCUUCACCGGCAGAUCUCCCUGACCACGGCGCAACUCCGAGACUUACGAAUGUCCAAUGACACUAACCAAGCAAAGCUUUUGGACCAUAGCACCAGGCAAGAUCAAGAAGUGGUGGCGAAGUUCGCUGAGGUCGACAUGAUGGUGGCAGACCUUGAACGUGCAAACAGUCGUGUCGCGACAGUGGAAAGGCGUAAUGAGAUACUUCGCGCGGAGAUUGAGGUUUUGCGCAGCGGGAGUGACACUUCUGACCGCGCAAAGUCUCUUCAGGCCCAAGUGAAAGAGUAUGAAGCCGAAUUGGAACACACGUCCCAAACACUGGAAUUACAGAAAGUCGCUGCCUCUGAGCUUGAGGCUCACGUUAAGAAGACAGCCGAUGACUUUUCCAAGGAGAUCCAGAAGAAGGCUUCGGAAAUUGACACCCUCAGAAACCGGUUGAAGCAGUUCAAUGACUAUGACGAGAUCAAGCGCGAACUAGAUAUCAUUAAGUACGUGGAGUUCGCCGGUUUUGACGAAGACGUCGACGAGGACGGCGACCAAAUUGAUGGAUACGAAGUGGGCUUACAACUACCCAACCCUAAUGCAGACAAGACCAAUGCGCAGCAAGGCAAAUCUCUGGAGGCACUACUUGCAACCAAAAAUAAACGUCUUCUUGAGGAGUUAACGAAAUUCCGAAUCCUCCAUAGCGAACUCGAGAAUUCACUGCAAGCUGCUCAAGACCAGCUCAGCUCUACUGGUGCCGACCUGGAGAAGCAGAAGGCGCUGAAUGAGAAGCUGGAAAAUGAUCUGUUGUCCAUGAACAAACACAGAAGCAAUGGCGACAUUACUCCUCCAGAAUCAUCUGAUGUUCUGACUGGCCUGGAUCUCGGACGAAAAGCGGACGUGUCCAUCCGUACGAUGCCUAUACCGUUUGUGUCUUCUGCAGACACCUCCAUUCUGCCCAUCGUGACUAGCCAGCGAGAUAGAUUCCGUCAGCGAAAUGCCGAGCUUGAGGAGGAAUUGCGCAGGCAGUUCCAAAUCAUCUCCGACCUUCGAUCAGAGGUAAAGAAUCUACAGGCUGAUAACCUUAAAUUAUAUGAGAAAGUACGAUAUAUGCAAAGCUAUAGAGAGGAGGCCGGAUCUCGUCCAGUGACUUCGCAGCUGGACCCACUUCCUACGCCGUCGAAUAAUUCUUCUGAUGAUCUAGGGAAGUAUAGAGCCCGGUACGAAGAGGCUAUGAAUCCAUUUGAGGCAUUCCGGGGUCGUGAAGCUACCCGGGCGUACCAAAACCUCAAUGCUCUCGAACGUGGGGUUCUCACGAUUACUCGGGCUAUAUUGAGCAACCGUCGUGCGCGGGCUUUCUUCAUCUUCUAUAGCCUGGGUUUGCACCUUCUCGUGAUGUAUACUACUUACGAGUGCACAACAACGUCGGGCACGCAUUUACAAAAGCAGCCAGGACCCUACGGGCCUUGAUAUGUGAUUACAUGGUAUUGUAUUGUAAUGGACACGUAUUUAUGGGAUAGCUAUGCAAGGUGUAUCGUACAUGAUGGUGGAUGCAGUAAUAGCGGACCUCAGGAUCCACGAGAGACCUUUUUAUUACGGUGGAAAGCUAGUGCGCGGUCGACGGCUGUUAAAAUGGGUUUC